GGGAAUUAGGCUAAUUGUGACAGGAUACGCAUUCCGACAAUGAAUUAGGACGCGAUCGCAUGCAUUCGUCCAUUGAACUUCCACCAUUGAGAGACCAUUUCAAACAGGAACCUCUUCCCCCAUUUCAGUCAUCGCGACCUCGAGAAUUACUGCCGUCCAUUUUGAGCCAUUCUCCGCCCGGUCGGUCAUCGACGUUACCUCCUUUACAACGUAACAACAGCAAGAUUCAGCGACCGCGAAAAUCGUCUAUUACGCAGAAUGCGCGCAAACCAAAGCACGACCGUACGCGAUCAAAGGAAUUCGCCCGGCGUCCUAGUCUUGGUGAUCGCAAGGCUCUUUCGGCCGAGCCACAAACAGCUGCUUGGGUACAGGGAAAGCGAUGGGAGGAUCUCAUAGAAGCCGCGACGUCGGCGACAGAGGUGGAUGAAGAUCGGGAUACGACUCCGGUGCCGCAUUCGCCGUCUGUUUCGACACUACUCAACAAUACAAGUUCGAUUUCAUCGGCCAAAAACCGCAAUUCGUUGCCUCCGUCAUUACACUCGUCGAGUCUUGCGCCUCUUCGUCGCUCAUUUCAAGGUUCAUCGUAUGCAGAAUCCCCGUUGCAAAAAUCACUUACACCCCCGCCAUUGGAAUUACACCGCAGUAGAGAUAGCGACAUGGAGCCGUUCCCCUCAAUUGAACCAUCUUUAGAGUCUGCAUCGACGGUUUCUGGGAAAAACUUUCACAUGUCAGCCAGCGGACUUUCGUCCUCGGUCACCUCCGAUUCCAGUCCAUUGAAUCACCUACACAACCACGUGCGGCCGCAGCAUCGAUUUUCGAACCCGACACCAUCGACGUUUCGACAUCGCGAUAUUCAGAUUUACUGUGCGAAUUGCAAUCGCGCUUGGCCACUGCAGGACUGUUAUGCCUGUACUGAAUGUAUCUGCGGAGUAUGCCGGGAAUGUGUUGGCAUGUUUAUUAGCAGUCCGCCAAUGUCGAUGUCGCGCCCAAUCAACAGCCCCAAUAAGGCACCGACCAGCUAUCCAUCGCCACGGGGAUGUCCGAAAUGUCGCACAGUCGGAGGGAAAUGGAAGGCUUUCCAACUGGAGUUUCGGUGAUUGCCGUCACAAGAAUUUAUGAUUAUCACGAUGCAAUGAGAUUACGCUCCGGACAGGAAACUAAGAAAUUACGACGGUGCAGCAGGGGCAGCACAUUGACGAUACAUAUAUACCAUACCAUACACGACUGGUUCACGGAAGUCAUCGCAAGGAAGUCUCACGAAUGGUUCUUAGGCGUUUUGGUUUAACAUUGUUGGUCACUUGCCAAUCAAAGUGAAGGUCGUUAUCACAUUUUUAUCAGCCUACUGGUUGGUUUAGGUCUAUGUUUAUGUUAGGGUCUGCUGGGUGUACCGGUAAAGGUGGCUUUCUACUUUUUCCUUGUCUGUUCUGUCCAGUACAUAUCGAAUGAACUUAUCUUAUUCUGUUUCGGCCAGAUCAGUACUCUCUAUCGGAUCUAAUCAGAUCCCCAAAUAACACUACUCAAUCCGGCCUCAACAUCUCCAACCUGCAAAUUACCCACCAACUCCCCCAAUUCCCCCGUCUCAACAUCACGCUGCACAAUUGCAACAGAAGAAGACUUUUGAUUCCCCACAGCAACCAAGGAGCCAUCCUCACUAAUCACCAAAGUACGAGGAUACGAACCAAACGAACUCGUCAAAUUCUUCGCCACCAAUCCUGUGGGAUUAGGAGACGGAUCAAGGAACGCAAUGGAAUCAUCCGGCGCGAAACUCUGAUCACCACGGACAGUCACAUAUACAUUUGUACUGUUAUUCGGAAUCCGGAUUUCGGCAACAUACGAUGUCGGGAGUUUUCCCGUCGGCGACGGGACGAUUUCAUUGCGUAGUUUGAGCGAUAAUCCGCAUGUACAGUCGUCUUUAUAUGAAACGGAGUACGUGCUAACUGUAUCCGCGAGUUCGUUGGUGAUGUACAAUCUGUUUCCCUCUUGGUUAAACACGCCGUGACGAGGUCCGUCUCCAGGCACGGUUUUGUGUGCUUCGCAUUCUGUUAGCGUUCCGUCAGAGUCGUUGAUUGCAAAAAUACGGAUUAGAUCAGCCCCUAGGUCUGGGGAGAGGAUGUAUGAAGCUGUAGGAUCGAGGAAAACGGAGUGUGGAUGAGGUGCAUCUUGACGAUCCGGUACAGUGACGGGACCGGUUAGGGUAAAUAAGAAGGUUUGCAGGGCGGUGGUGUCGUUUGUGAGUGGGAGAGGGAAUGUAGAGACUGAUGAUCCUUCGCUAUACAAUCAUUAGUUUUUAUAUUUC